CCUUAUAAUAUGGACUAGACUGGCAGCGCUAUAUACUGCUUAAUGUGCUCGUUGUGAGCAACCCGCUGGAGGCUGGACGGCCGCGUUGCAAAAGGCACUGAGCUAGCCUCUAGGGCGUGCUUCGGGAAAUUUCCCAACAUGGCCGCAUGUGGCGCCUGCCGGAACGCGUUUGGGGUCGGCGUUUGGGGUCGGCAGCCAAUGGUUUCGCCCUGCGGCCAUACCAUAUGCAGCAUUUGCUUGGCCGACCAGCGGCUGGUUGCGUGUCCCUUUUGCAGCGCGCCGCUUCCGCCGGAUGAGGACCGCAAAGCCAUGCCAUGUAACAGGUCCCUCCUCGAUAUCAUUAGUAAUGGAGGUUUCCACCAACAGCGAGUGCCCGGCAUACCCUUCCAAGAGUUGCGGCUGACGGAGGAAGAGCUUGGCGGAGGCGGCCUGGGCCGUGUGGUCGUUGGGCAAUGGGGAAUGCGCGAGGUGGCCGUUAAGCUGCUACGCUUGCCGCCGACGUGUUCUUUUGGGCCCGGCUACAGACUCCAGCAGCAGCUGCAGCUGCUGGUGCACAUCUCAGCCGCCUGUCGCCACACCGCCCGGCUGCUCGGUGUCAGUUUGAACGACAAGCAGGACAGACUGGCGCUGGUCAUGAGGCGCUAUCCGGCCAAUUUGGAGCAGGUGCUGCAGCAGCCGGGAGGCGGCCGUCUGCCCUCCUCUGCUGCACUGCUGCUGGCUCGCGACUUGCUGCGCGGCUUGUGUGAGCUGCACGCGCUGGGCUUGGUGGCUGGCGAUCUGAAACCCAGCAACGUGCUACUAGAUGGGGCCACAGCAGCGGCGGCUGCGCAUGGAAAUGGGGCCGGCAUGCAGCCUCUGCUUGCGGACGUUGGAUUGCGGCGCGCGUUUGCAGCUGCUGCGGGCCAGCACCUGACCUCACUUCCGCAGGGCACUUUGAAUUACAUGGCUCCGGAACAGUUCUCACUUGAGGAAGCAGACAAGGUGGUCCGUCCGCAGAGCGACGUGUGGGCGUUCGGAGCCAUCAUGCUGCAUGCACUCAGCGGCCAGCCGCCCUGGCCGGGACUCAACGCAGCGCAGGUUACCAUGCAGGUUGGCGUGCGGCGCUGUUCUCCCGACCUCCCUGACGACCUGCCCGCGCCGCUCCGGAACCUGCUGCACUGGUGUCUCCGCCCCGACCCGCACCACCGCCCCUCCGCCGAGGGGGCUCUGGCGCUGGUGGAGUCGGCGCUGGGAGCGGCACUGCAGCGGGGACUGUCGCUGCAGUCACAAGCAGAGGCACAGGAAGGAGGAAGGGAAGCAGCAGCAGCAGAGGCCGAAAGCGCGUCGGAAGAUGACGAGUGCGGAGACCUUCCGGAGCCCAUGUCACUCGAGGAACGGCUCAUGAUGCAUGCAAGGGGCGCCCGCAUGCGGCCCGCCAUAGCCCAUGUAUUCCUGGUUGAAGGGCUGCGGGUGCGGCGGCCGGCGAUUGCGGGGGUUGCAAUGGAGCAGGACGAGAAUGCCCGCUGGCGGCUGCUGCCGUGGGUGUUUCGCGAGGCCAUGUCGGGGGUGUUGCCGGGCAUCCCGGAGGCGCGGAGGCGGUACCUGCAGGUGGCAGCUGGGGUGGGGGGAAUGCGGGACGUGACGGCGGAGUUGCUGAGCAGAGGCCUGGACGGCGGGUAUGAGGACUUGUCCCUCUACGUGUACGACUCGCAAGCUCCCAAGAGCACCCAGCUGCAUGUCUUCUUGGAGGGCACAGACCUGGUGACGAACGUCACUGUCAACCACAACAGCACAUACAGGGACCUUCGGGAAUCCGUGCUUUCGAGGCUGCAGCCCCCGCCCGACCAGUUGUACUUGUUGUCGGCGGAUGGCGUUCCAAUGCACUGCGGCGAGCAGUGGCUUCUGGGCUCGGCGAUUGCCGAUGCGGGGGAGGCCCGCUUCAGCGCAGCGCGCCUUGAACUGCUGGACAUAACCGUAGUCAAGUUGACGGGAACGACCGUUGAGCUGCAAGUGCACCCAUCUUGGUCCGUGGGAUACGUGAAGAUCAUGAUACAAGAGAAGGAGGGUACCCCACCUGACCAGCAGCGCCUCCUCUUUGCUGGUAAGCAGCUGGAGGAUGGACGCAGCGUCGCGGAGGUUGGCAUUCCCUCAGGGAGCACCAUUCACUUGAUCCUGCGGCUGAGGGGCGGCAAGCCCGUCAUCUGCAUGUGGCCCGCCGCCCCCACAGACGCCAUCGUCCGCCUCCAGCUAUCCCCCCGCUGGGCCUUCAGCAGCCUGGUGCCGCGGCCUGAUUGUACGGCAGGUGGCGCGGGGGUGGUGGGCGGCCGCAGCGCGGAGUGGCGGGUGAGGGUGCAGCCUGACGGCACCCUGACGCAUGAUGCCAGCGGUGGCCGACAGUACGCUUAUCUGUUUUGGGAGGCGUUGACGGAGGGGACGGCGAGGGAGGGGACGGCGGCGGCGGGGCUGCAGCGGGCAGGCAGCGGAGCCAGCAGCAGCAGUGCAGUUGGGUGGGAGGUGGAGGGCGGAAGCGGCAGCGGCGGCGGCCAGGAGGAGAGACAGCAGGGCAUGCUGCCGGUAGCGGCUGCUCAUGAGCAGCAAGGGCAUAACAACGUGAACGUCGCCCGGCCGCCCGCACCUGCCAACCCCAUCCCCGGCCUGGGCCCCACGCCGCCUGACCUGCCGCUGCCCGACUUUGACGCCGCACACUCCUUUUGCGUGGCGGGUGCUGACGUGGAGGCCUGGCUGUACGGCGCCCUGACUGCCUUCGGCCUGCCCGUACGAGAGAGGACGGACUUCCUGACGUACUGGCUGCCGUACAUGGAGGGCGCCGCCUGGCUGCUCAUCAGCUUCGCCGACCCACGGGUCUACCAGGCGGCCGCGGCGCUGCAUGUGGUUCCGGAUCCCGACGUGCUGGUGCGGCUGUUCAUGAUGUUUGAGCGACUGAGUGCGCCGGUGGCGGUGCGGGGGGAGCUUGCGGGGGAGGUGGCGCGGGUGGGAGUGCUGCGGCGCGAGGGGGCGCGCAUGGCAGUGCUGGAGUGGGGGGGCAUGGAGGUGGUGAGGUGAGGAAGCUGCUGCAUUGUCAUUUCAAGUGCGGGCUAACAGCUUGGCAGCUGACCGGAGCCGCUAGCAUGAUGGCCAGGAAUACGGUUAUUGUCAUAGCAAGCUAAGCAUUGGUGUUAUAUAAGCAGAUAUAUGUCUACAAAUUAUGGGCCACGUUUGGGCGCUGGCAUGCAACCUGAAACAAUGGCUCCCAGUAGUACCGUAGUUACUGGAUGGGGGUGUUGCAAUGUUGCUGUUGUUGUUGUCAGCAUGGUGGGCCUUCCAUUGUUGCGACCCUGAUUGGAAUCCAUGUGCGUGCAAGUGAUGAUGAACAAAUAUGAGGGUGAGGAUUUUUAUGAGGUGCACAAGGAGUAAGAGGUCAAGAGUCAACGGGUGGGAAGCUGCCCCACACCGCCUAAACCAAUCCGUUGCUGCGGAUGCAAUGGCUGUGUUUUGGCCGUGCAGCAGAGCUCCAUCGCGGGAAAUGGGAGGCAUUUUGUGCGUUAGUGCAAGAACAAGUGGAUACACGGCAAGUACGGAGCUAAGAAAACACGGGUGUUGUUGUUGUUGUUGUUGGCGUGUGCUAGACAACAAUUGUAAAGAGUACAAUCGUCGCGUCUUGUGCUAUUAGACUUUUAAAUUUCCGGUAUGCCAUGGUUAGCGAUGGGAAAAGAUCGAGUAGCCCAGUCGUGCUACAGCGAUGACACGCAGCAACGACCUACCAGGUCAUCAAACUGCGUACAAGGACCAUAUUUCUCGUCAGUUGUGUUAUGAGUUAUGUUCAAAAGCCAAUCAAGGUUUGUCAGUAAAAAGCCCAUUUUGGGGGAGGCCGCCAAGACCGAGUCGGAUUCGUGCACCGCGCUUCGUAAAAAGGUUGCCUAGCUUCGCCCCAAGUCUUCCUUGACGUAUCCCUAGCACUUUUUCGUUUACCUUCGCCAAACCGAUGCCACCGCUGACAUACCUGAGGGUCUAGGCGUCUAGCACAUGACUGACCAACCAUGCAGGCUCCGUAUUUCCAAACCGACACGCCGUUCGGGCUGCGCAUCUUGCUACUAGGCGUCCUGUACGCUGGAUUUGCCGUUUGGGUGAAGCAUGUUGUGGGGCGCGCGACCGUCGGCAUCACGCGGUUCACGCUCUGCAUGCCAAUCUUCAUCGCAAACAUCGUUUUCCCAUGGCUGUUCAACCAAGAAGGCGAGCUGCUUACACGUGGAACGUCGGCUUUCAUUGUCUCAUGGCUGUGCACUUUCAAGGUACUUUUGCGACUGCAAGUUGGCGACUGGCGGGUGACUGUUGAAUGUUGGAUGCGCGGCAGCUGUUGGUUAUUACAAAAAGCGACGCAGCCGGUUUACUGUCCAAUAGUAAUGCGGCUGUGCGGUUGUGCAACUGUUACGGGUUACGGCUGGGCCCGAGAGGGGACUUUAAUAGGUCUUCGGAACGCUACCGGGUAUGCCCCCUGCCCGCCUAAUCCAUCCCCAUGUUGUCUCUCCCGCAAAGGUGCUAGCGUUUUGCCUGGGGAGGUCGCCGCUGCGGGAGGACAUGACCGCUCCCCAGAUCGCGGCAGUCAUGAUGCUGCCCGUCUUCCCCAAGCCACCUGAGCGCGCCAAGACGGGUCCCGUGGGCCGCCUGCAUGACACCGCGGGGACGGGCUGGGUGCUGGCAGGCAGAUGGAUUGGCAAAUUCGUGAUGCUGGGUCUGCUCGGCCACCUCAUGAUGAAUUACGCGGACCGAAUGCCCCGCGUUGUGUGGCACUACGUGCAUGCCCUCGCGCUGUACGCUUUCGUUGGGUCCCUGAUGGACGGUCCCGCCGCCCUGGCGGUGGAGGCGCUGGGGCUGCCGCUGGUGCCUACCUUCGACGAGCCCUGGAAGAGCUGCUCGCUGGCCGACUUUUGGGGCCGCCGCUGGAACAUCACCACCUCCUCCGUGCUGCGGGUGCUGCUGUACGAUUGCAUCGUGGACGGAGCGCUGAUCAACCCACGGCGAAGCAGUCCGGCGGAGUCCCCGCUGGGUAGCGGCGCCCGCUGCCCCGCCG